CUGACGCGCUCAGUGCAUUUAAUUUAGAGGAGUCGGUCGAACCGAAGUUUAGUCAUACAAUCAUCAGUGUUGUCGUCGUAGUGCCGAGCGCAGGUCGCGUGACUAAUGCACUCGCUCCGAGUACGCAGUCUUUCCGCAAAAUAGGUAUUCCCAGAAGAAGUAAAAAUGUCGGCCAACGUCGUUUUCGGGUGCGUGAUGGCACUUCUCAUCAUACUCUUCACAAUCAGUUCUAUGGCCAGAUAUUAUAUUAAGUUCACAUUGUUUACAGUAAUGUCGUUGAUAUUCGCCACAGCUCCAGUGCCACUUAUGUUGAUCAAGCCAUUUGAUCCUAGAAAUGCACUAAUACCAGCAUUCUUCUUGAGGUGUUUCGCGAAGAUACUCGGUCUUCGGUGGACAGUGAGGGGUCUAGAAAAUGUGGACAAUAGUCGGGGAGCGGUGGUGUUACUGAACCAUCAAAGUGCCCUGGAUCUUUACGCUCUAGCAAUUAUAUGGCCGCUCAUGUCCCGGUGUACGGUGGUAGCGAAGCGAUCGUUGCAGUACCUUGUACCAUUCGGCACUGCGACUUGGCUGUGGGGCACCGUUUUCAUAGACAGAGGCGCACAGACUGCACGCGAUGCCCUCAACAAGCAAGUCGAUGCUAUUAAGAAUCACAAGCGAAAAUUGCUGCUAUUCCCUGAGGGCACGCGGCACUCUGGUGACAAAUUGCUGCCGCUACGCAAGGGAGCGUUCCACGUGGCGAUGGACGCAGGCGCUCCCAUACAACCCGUGGUUGUUUCCAAGUACCACUACCUGGACGGAAAGCGACAGAGAUUCGGCUCAGGCGAGUUUAUCGUGUCGAUUCUGCCCAUGAUCGAGACUGAAGGUAUGUCGAAGGACGACAUUGGAGCCCUGAUCGAGAAGACACAAACGAGCAUGCAGGAAGAGUUCACCAAGAUCUCGAUGGAAACGUUAGCGCGGCGCAACCUACGGAAUAAGGCUGAUUAGUGAGGUACCUACAUUACCAACAUCCCGUCUCAUUUAAUAUUAUGUGGUACAUAUUGGGUAGCAUCAGUUAUGUGGCAUUGGUAUCCAAUCCAUUAUUUCUGACCAUAGUGACGUUAAGGGCCGGGCCCCAGUUCCGAGAAGUAGUAGCGCGAGUCGCAUUGUUGUCAUGUUUUUUCUUGUAUUUGCAGGUAAUUAGAAAUUUCAUAUCGACGUGUAAAAAGAGCUGUGAUAAACAAACGUAUAAAGAAAUAGUUACGAUUGUAAUUUGACAAUUAGUUGUUGGUGUUUAUAUUGUUGUUCUCUGUAGAAAUGUGUAUUUAUGUAAUGUAAUAAAGUUAACAAUUUAAGAA